AUGGAUGCGUUGACUCCCAGGGACUCCCCCAAGCGCGAUGACUCGAUGGCCACGAGUGCGGCCACUGCUGCUUCUGCCAAGCCUGAUGCUCUGACGAUAGGUAAAGAAGGCAUUGUCCACGGGCACAUCCAUAACUACAACAACCUGACCUAUAUCCAUGGUCACCUUCACCACAGCGCGCCUGUGAACGACAGUAGUGCUUCGGCAACACCUGCAGCCGCAGCUGUUGCUGAUGCCGCUACUUCCGCAUUUGCAUCUGGAGCUAGCCAUGAUAUGGGUGGUGAUUGCCACGUCAAUGAGAAAUGCAAGGAGUACACCGACUGCCAACAUUUCGAGUUCUUGAAUUAUCACAAUAAUCCGUCAUUAACAAAAUAUAAUGAUACUGCAACGUAUAAUUCUAAUAAUCAUUCUUUUGCAAACAAUUUCCAUUCGGUAGCUUCUGAUCCGACAAGUCCCCAACAGAAUUCUAAAAGCGACCUACCACGUAGAAAAGAUUCUUGGUUUAACGACGAUCUGAUACUGCUGCCCUCUUCCAAGAAAAAUAAACCGAACCCACCACCUGGAUCCGAUGAUUGUUAUUGUACGCCCAAGAUUUUGGAAAUAUGUUGUGACGAAACUCAUCCCAAAAGUGAGGCUAAUAUAAAACAAGGUGAAUCUGAUCAACCGACAAAGAAAGACAUAUCUGAGAACGGCAAUGAUGUUGCAAUAUUCACAGAUGUAAAGAACGAUCACUUGAUGCCAAAUUUUAACCUUCAUGAUCAGUACUGUAAUAGUACCAAUCACGACUCUCACAAUCACAAUAAUACUGUACCAGAUAGCUUUUCUCAGCUGAUGUCUCACUUAUCGGAGAUUGAUUGCGAUUUGACCUGUGACACCCCAUGCACGGCUAGCACGAGCGCGACUAGUGGUCACAAGUUUGUUCAAGAUCAUCAAUCAUCAAAUAAUGAUGACGUUUUCCAUAAAUACUGCAAAUUUUGUGAGGAGAGCACUGAUAAUCAACCUUGUUCUAAGCAUAUGCAUUUAGAGUCAAAGCCACCUCAACUACCACCCAAAUGUUCAUCUUUACGAAAACCUACAAACACUUUGCAAGGUACAAAUCAUGCUUAUCACGAACAUAUCUUAAAUACUGAUAUGGAUUUGAAGAUUUUGGAAGAUUUAUGCAAUAUUUCUUCUUUGUAUGAAGUACCGUUUGGAAAACACAUUAACCACCACGACCACAAUAAUGCCGGUAACGGCUGCGAUGGUUCGAGCACAGGAAAUAAUGAAAACGGUAACCAAACAAUGAAUCUUCUAUUAUCAAGCAUUAAUAGAUGCAACCCUAAAAAUAAUCUUAAUGGAAGCAAUAACAAUACGGCUGGAGCAACUUCAACUGAUCAUCAACACCAUCACCAUAGAAUACAGUUUCAUUCUCACAAACCAAAUAGAAACAAUAUUGUGAACAAUUCAGGGAUUAGCGCGGCGAACACAACAGCCGAUCUAACUAACAACGAUUUAAAUGACUUAAUUUCAAGAGAGUAUAGUUAUGAAAGAUUUAGAAAUCAAAGUGAGCCCCCUUCGCUACCCAAAGUCACUCAUCAGAAUCAGAAAAAUCGUAGAUCUUGGCCUACAAAAGAUCUAGAAUCUACUGAUUUCAGCUCUUUGGAAGACUCAUUACCUUCUAGCAUCUCUCCUCCUAUACAGACAACAAGCACUAUAAAUUUCAACUGGUGUUUUAAAGAAGAGAAAAACAAUGACUUAAAAUGCAAAUGGAAAGAAUGUCCUGAGUCUUGUAGCUCACUAUUUGACCUACAAAGACAUCUUUUGAAGGAUCAUGUCUCUCAAGAUUUCAAACACCCUAUGGAACCAUUAGCUUGUAAUUGGGAGGACUGUGAUUUCCUUGGAGAUGAUACAUGUUCCAUAGUGAACCAUAUUAAUUGUCAACAUGGUAUCAAUUUUGAUAUUCAAUUUGCCAACCCAGACUCAUUUUUGCCUGGUAGUAUAUCAAAGGAAAAACAUCACUUACUACAUUGCCCCAACCCACAAACACACGAAGUUUCUAAAGCAGAUGGAGCACCUGAUAUGACGUCUGCAAAUGAUGUUUCCAAUAUACCGCCAAUCAAGCAGCCGGAACAGGUGAUUUGCCAAUGGGAUGGUUGCAAUAAGUCAUUUUCCAGUGCUCAGGAAUUAAACGACCAUUUAGAAGCAGUACAUUUAACCCGGGGUAAGUCUGAAUACCAAUGCUUGUGGCAUGACUGCCAUCGUACGUUCCCCCAAAGACAAAAAUUAAUCCGUCAUUUAAAAGUGCAUUCGAAAUACAAACCUUAUAAGUGCAAGACAUGUAAAAGGUGUUUUUCAAGCGAAGAAACUUUAGUUCAGCAUACCAGGACACACUCUGGCGAAAAACCUUACAAAUGUCACAUUUGUAAUAAAAAAUUCGCGAUUUCAAGUUCUUUGAAGAUUCAUAUAAGAACCCAUACUGGUGAAAAACCUUUACAAUGCAAGAUUUGUGGUAAGAGAUUCAACGAAUCGUCAAAUUUGAGCAAACAUAUUAAGACCCAUCAGAAAAAAUACAAGUGCUCUGACUGUUCCAAAAGCUUUGACGAUUUGGGAAAAUUGAACUCACAGAAAGUGAAAUGCGCAUUGGAAAGAAAACCAUAUUUAUAA